AACAAGCAUUGAUGAAGAGCAUAAUAUUGUUCUUGAUUCUUCUUCACCUUCAUGCAUCUCUUCACACUGCAACUCCCUUGCAACUUCCAUUUUGGGAGGAGAAGAAUGAAGAAUUAGUGGCAAUUAAUAGACGCGGUGGCGGUGGGCACGGUGGAGGUAGUGGUCAUGGCGGCGGGGGGCACAUUAGUGGUAGUCACGGGCGCGGAUUCGGUGAGUAUGGCCGCGGUGACGACAAGACACCUCAAACUCAUGGCGGCGGCGCCUCGGUGAUCCCAUUUUACGCCGCUGCUGGAGCUCACAAUCAUAAUCGUAAAAGUAACAAAGGCAGCCCUAAGAACGGCGGUUUUGUCGUCAAUUGUUGUUGUUUAUGGUUCUUGCUUAUUGCAAUUUUUUCAGUUUGAUUCAUCAUAUGCUGUAAAUUAUUGUAUAUUUAAAUGCAUGUUUUGAAUAAAUUAAAACAUGUUAAUCUUUA